AUGCCCGACUUUGCGCUCGCACCCGUAUAUGAAGAAGGCAAUUAUUCGUCCUCGCAUGCUGUGCAGUGCACACUUACGUGUAAGACUUGUCAUUCUUCAAUUGCUUCGCAGGAUUGUCUUCUCUCAACGGCGUUUCGCGGACACACCGGCAAAGCCGCCCUAUAUUCGGAAGUGUCGAACGUCACCUUCAACGCGCCAUGUAUCCUCCUGAUGAACACCGGCGCACACACCGUCCAGGAACUUUCGUGCAAAAAGUGUACAGCAUACCUCGGGUGGAAGAUCGUCCGCGCGCACGAGAAGCCAGAGAAAUGGAAGGAGGGCCACCAUCUCCUCGAGCUCGCGCUCCUCGAAGAGGUGGCCGUCCAAUCGCUCCCAGGAGAAAUGCAGCAACAACUAGACACUGUUGUCUCGAGGUUCGCAGCGAGUCUCGACUUCGGUGGCUCUCAGCCAAGGCGGGCGUCGUCGCCGGAUCCAUAUUCGUACUCGCAGCGAGGGAAGCCACUUGGCCCGCGCAUUCAGCGGUCCAGUCUCUCGUCGCUGACUCGCAGCAGCGCAACGCUGUAG